AAGCAGCUGCAGCAGAUAAACUCUGAAUUCUGUGUCUUCACUUCGCAACUUUUACAACCCAAACAUGGCCAGCAACUUAGGACCCAUCAGAAGAAAUGACACGGAGCUGAGGAUAGUGAUGUUGGGGAAGACUGGGAAUGGGAAGAGCGCCACUGGAAACACCAUCCUGGGACGACGGUGCUUUGACUCAAAGUUCAGUGCUAAGUCUAUGACUGUAUACUGUUCUAAGGGCGAAGCUGUGGUGCAUGGACAACAGGUUGCUGUUAUUGACACCCCAGGCCUGUUUGACACCAGAUUUGGCAUGGAUAAAACAAGUAAAGAUAUCUCCCAGUGCAUCUCUUUUGCUGCCCCUGGACCCCAUGUCUUCCUGGUGGUCAUCAUGCUGGGAAGAUACACUGAAGAGGAAAAGCAGACGGUGCAGAAGAUGCAAGAAAUCUUUGGCCAGGCUGCAGACAGAUACAGCAUGGUGCUCUUUACUCAUGGUGAUCUUCUUAAAGAUACCACUAUUGAGGGGUUCUUGGAUGAAAGCUCAGACCUGCAGGAACUCGUAGCCAGAUGUAACAACCAGUACCAUGUCUUCAAUAAUGAUCUGAAGGAUGGCGCUCAGGUCAUCGAGCUGCUCCACAAGAUCAGAAAUAUAGUCCAGAAGAACGGAGGAAGCCACUACACCAACGAGAUGUUCCAAGAGGCCGAGAGGAUAAUCGAAGAGGAGAAGCAACGCAUCCUCAAAGAGAAGGAAGAACAAAUACGCAGAGAACAAGAGGAACUGGAGAGGAAACUACAGGAAAAAUAUGAAAAACAGCUGAGGAAAAUGAAUGCCCAACUCCAGGCUGACAGAGAGAGGGAGAAGAAAGAGAGAGAGGAGGAGAGGAAGAGGGAGAAGGAGGAGAUGAAUGAGGAGAGGAAGAGAGAGAGGGAGGAGAGAGAGGCAGAGAGAAAGAGAGAGAGAGAGGAGAAAGAAAGGGAGAUGCAAAGACUAAAGGAAGAGCUUGAAAGAAAAGUUAAAGAGGAAAGAGAAAGGGUGCAGAACAGACAUGAGAAUGAGGCCAGAAAGAAAGCUGAGGAGUUUAAUCCACUAUUUCCUGUGGUAAUAGUUGGUGAUCUAGUGGUUGGUGCUGGUGAACUAGUCGUUGAUGCUGGUAGAAAGACAGUUCGAUCAAUUGAACAAUUGGGGAUGAGUAUUAAGGGGUGGUUCUCAUGAGUGGUCCCAUAUUCAGAUAGUUCAUCUAGAGAGGAACUCUCCAGAAGCCCCUACACACUCAUUUAUCUAAAUGAAUGAUUAAGCUCAUUGUAUUUGUUGAGGUAGAGCUCUACUAUAGAUUAGUAAGGCUGAGUCACUCAUCAUAUCAUGGUUUUAUGUCUUCUACUGUCUUUACAGUUAUAUUCUCAUUUAACCACUGUACUUGUCAAUUUGUGUUCUGCUGAGAUAGAAAAAAGUUCUCACACUCCUCUGAUGAAUGAUUACUUUUGAUGUGGUGUCACCUAGUGGGUGUAGAAUUAAUAUUUCAAUCAGAAUCUAUUCAUUUCUUCUCUGUGGUCACUCUGGUUUACUUGUUAGUAUUAUAAUUUGUCUUUGAUUUAGUUUUAGUUUUGUUUGUCAUCAAAGCAUUUAUUUCAUGGAUUAUGUUUCUGAUUUAUACCACUUAAGAACACAGAUGUGAUUCUGUGUCAACUGACCCAGAAAAAAAGAUGUGAUAUUAAGACUAAACCUAAUAAAAGGCUGAAGUUCAAGAGUUCAGAAGUUUCGGUUAAUGCUUUUUCAGGAACUUGCAUUGAACUAGAUUUGGAUACCGUGAAACAGUCAAAUUCACUUUUAAUGGUUGAAGA